CCCUUCUCCGAGGCCCACUCCUGCUGAACGCGCCACGUCCACCCCCGGGCCUUCUGUGCUGCCUAGGCCUCCAUCCGCCCACCUUGCACCCCGGCUACGCGCUAGGACAAUUCCAGCCCCGCGCGCCGGGUCCUGGCCGGGCUGCUGUGGCUCUCGCCCGCAAGCCGUGCCGCUGAGCCCCCAGGCCGGGCUCGGGGGUCUGGGAUCCAGUGGGGGAGGCGCUUUCUCCAGCUCAACUGGGUCUCCCUGCCCCGGAGGGACCACAGAACAUCAAAGAGCGCUCCUCCGGCCUGGAGCGUGGGGACUGGUCCUUCCCGUCCCCUCCCCCGCAGGACAAAGACCCGGCCUUCCCCAUUCUUCCUGCCAUCGGCCGGCUUACUUGGAGGCACGGGAGCCGCGGGGACUGAGUAGAGACCCCCAGCCCCACCCCGCGCCCCGGCGCUCCCUCAGCUCCUGCAGACCGGGUGACAGACAUCCGGGGCCAGGAUGACCGAGCGCUUUGACUGCCACCACUGCGAGGACUCGCUCUUCGGCAGGAAGUACGUACUUCGGGAGGAGCAGCCCUACUGUGUGGCCUGCUUUGAAGCCCUGUUCGCCAGCACCUGUGAGGAGUGCGGGAAGUUGAUCGGCUGUGACUGCAAGGACUUGUCUUACAAGGACCGGCAUUGGCACGAGGCCUGUUUCCAUUGCUCACGGUGCCGGGGCUCCCUCGUGGACAAGCCAUUCGCUGCCAAGGAGGACCAGCUGCUCUGCACUGACUGCUACUCCCAGGAGUACUCGUCGCGAUGCCAGGAGUGCAAGAAGAGCAUCAUGCCAGGCACCCGCAAGAUGGAGUACAAGGGCAGCAGCUGGCACGAGACCUGCUUCAUCUGCCACCGCUGCCAGCAGCCCAUUGGAACCAAGAGCUUCAUCCCGAAGGACAGUGAGAACUUCUGCGUGCCCUGCUAUGAGAGGCAGUAUGCCCUGCAGUGCGUGCAGUGCAAGAAGCCCAUCACCACCGGGGGCGUCACGUACCGGGAGCAGCCCUGGCACCGCGAGUGCUUCGUGUGCACCGCCUGCAAGAAGCCGCUGUCGGGCCAGCGCUUCACGUCCCGCGACGAGUUCGCCUACUGCCUGGGCUGUUUCUGCGACCUGUACGCCAAGAAGUGUGCCGGCUGCGCCAACCCCAUCAGCGUAAAGGAUGGUUUUCUCUGCACACAGCCUCCUAACCCGCUCUCAGCUCCACCACCCUGUGCAGGAGAGUCCACCCCACCCCGGCCCACGCAGCGUCUCCUCCGUGAGGCCACGUUCCACCUCUCUUCUCCCUCAUUCUUUACAUCAAGAAUUUCUGAGCACCAGACCUGAGGUGCACAGUGAAGGAGUAACAGAAAUCAGUUCCCAGACGCACAGUAGGAGGAAUACACACACACAGCAGGAGUCUCAUGACGAGUGAUGACCAUGUAGUGCUGGAGCCCGUCGUAUUUUUCUGAGGCUCAAGAGCUCCCCAACCUGAGUGUGGAAUCUGAUUUAAACGUGGAGCCCAGCCCCUCGAAGUUGUAAGAGGUUCACACUGUCUAUAGUGCAGGAGCCAGGCCGCCCGGCUCCCUCUUCAUCUUCACCCGUGUC